UCGGUUGUUUAUCGGAUCAUAACAACAAACAUUUUCGCGACUUUCCUCGCAGCUCAAGAAAGAAGUCCGGUUCGUGUUUCGCGAAUUUUUUACAAGGAUUUUCGUGUGAUAUUGUGUGUAAAAUUAAAACAUCGAUCCAGCGAUCAACUAGCGUUGCACAAUUCAGCCAUGAAAAGCGCCAAACUGCAGGCUGCGCUCGCAAAGCGCCGCGAGGCCGACCAGAUCAAGAUCCAAAAGUCGGCCGCCGUCGAGCGGUACUACGACCAGUGGAGCCGCAUAACGUCACGCUUCGACUCGUGGAACUCACCGCAGUUUUACCGGCAGGCCGAGGAAGCGCAGAAAGCACGCGAGGAGGCGGAAAAGCGUGAAGUGGCCGCCCAGGAACGGCGCGAGCGGGAACGCGUUCGACUACAGCAGGAAAAGGACGACUUUCAACAGGAACUGAAGGAGAAGAACCGCCCUAAACCGAAGCCAAUUCCGACGGAACUGCUGGAGGGUGUCCGAUCUCGGUUGAACGACGUUGAAGAAGCGAAACGCCGCAUGGAUCUGGAAGCAAGUUUGUACACCAAGUGGCGCAUGGGCUACGACCGCGACACGGUCAUCCUAGACUCAAAGAACACUCACCAAGCGAUGGCGAAGCUGAACUGGCUCGAUCGCCAGGUUGAGAUGACGCUGCAAAGUGAGAAGGAACGCAAGGAGAACCAGGAGCGCGAAAUUCGUAUCCAGGAAGAAGCAAGAAAGCACGAGGAGGUCCUGCUCGAGAAGAGCCGCAUGAGGGAGCAACAAAUUAAGGAGUUGAGAAGCCACCAGGAACUGCACAUGAAGGAACUCAAGGCUCGCGAGCAAGAGGUGAACGAGCUUAAGAUGUACGAGUUGCGCUUGCGAACCAAGAAGGAAGAGUUCGAAAAGGAAGCCGAACAGCUGUACAUCUACAACGAUCGACGGCGCGAUCGCAUCGUGGCCAUGCACAACCUGCGACGCAUCAAGAUGCUGCUCCGCGAGCGGUCCGAAGCGGUCCGGAACGAUCUCAAGCACGACCUGCAGCUGCUGCAGCGAAUCGCGAUCGACAACCCCGAGUCCAACGACGGCAUUAACUACCUGCGCAAAAAGUUCCAACUGCAGUACGAUCUGGAAAUUGACCAGCAAAUGACCAUCGAGAACAUGUACGAGUCCGAGGCCAAGCACAACCUCUCCAAGUGGGAGGACAAGUGGAACGAGGAAGCCCUCGUCCGAGAGCAGCAACUCCGCUGCCUCCUUGAAGAUCGCAUCGCCGACUUCGAAGCCAAACUCGCCGGCUGUAUUCAGCGCCAGCGCGACCUCAUCGACAUCCGCGAGACACACAUCCGAUCGAUCGAAGGUGCCAACAACCAGCUCAAAGAACUCAUGACGGAGAAAUCCAACGAAACGUUCGUCGUCGGCUCGUCCAACCAAAUCCGGGAGCUUCUCGUUGACGACCCCGCAUCCAAACCGGACAGUCGACCCUCGACGCGAAACUCGCACCGUAGUUCGACCUUUAGCAGCAUCUUUCCGUUUGACGAUCUGAGCUUGACGGAUCUGAAGCUGGACAGGCAGAAGCAGAUUGGCGACAAGCAGCCGGACGAGCAGGCAAUUUUGGCUGUGCCGAGGUUCGGCAGGAAGAAGGUGGCCUGGUGCUGACGGAGACGGAGAGUGCGAAGGUAUUUAUGCAUGAACAUUCCAUACUGACUGAUCCGUGUGACAGAGAGAGAGAAGAUUUGUCCAAAAUAUGGAACCAUUUUAACUAGUGUAAGGUUUUUCUACCCCCAAAGACUAUUUAUGUGCCGUGUUCUGCUUAUGUUUAGCGAGCAAUAAUUGUGUGUAAGAUGAAUCGAUAUUUCGUGACUUUUCAGAAGAUUUUUAAUAAAAUAGCUUUCUGCAAA